AUGUACAUAAGUGGUUAUCGUGGGGUUGCAACUAUAAUACUUGAGGUUGUAGCAUCUUCAGACCUUUGGAUAUGGCAUGCGUUCUUUGGAGUUUCUGGUUCAAAUAACGAUAUCAACGUGUUAGAUCGUUCUCCAGUGUUCGAUGAUAUUCUAAAUGACCGUGCUCCGAAGGUAAAUUAUACUAUUAAUGGUAAUAAUUAUACUAUGGGAUACUAUUUAACAUAUGGUAUUUAUCCUGAAUGGGCCAUAUUUGUCAAAUCAAUCUCAAAGCCACAAGGGGAGAAACGCAAGUUAUUUGCACAAUACCAAGAAUGGCAAAGAAAAGAUGUGGAGCGAGCAUUCAGAAUGUUGCGAGCACGCUUUGCAAUUAUACGUGGUCCAGCUCGCUUUUGGGAAAAGAAGAAGCUUGCCAAUAUAAUGAUAGCUUGUAUUAUAUUGCAUAAUAUGAUUGUUGAGGAUGAAAGAGACACUUAUGCAGGAAAUUUUGCUCAAGGCUUAGAGUAUGAUGAUGUCGAAAAUGGCUUAUCACAACCUCAGCUGGGAGAAGAAGAUUUUGCACCAUACCAUCAAUUUUUCUAA